AUGCUGCUGAAAAAUCUUGUCAUUUUAUCUUAUCUAUUGGUUUUGACUCAAUACGGUUCCAAUGAAUAUAUAAAGAAAAUGAAAAAUUUCACACUCAUUUUAGCUUUAUUCAUCGCCUUCAUCGGAUGUGCUAACGCAAUCAAUUGUUACUUCUGUGCGAAUUGUCCUUAUCCAUUCAAUGCAAAAUUAUCAAGUGUCACUGUCUCUGUAGGAAGCAUGGGAUAUUGUGCGAGAAAAAGUAGUUCAGAUCAAGCAAGUGCUCCAAAUAGUCGAGGUCCAGCUGAAGCUGGUCUCUGCACAGCUCCUGGCUGCAGAUGGCAAUACGAUCCCGCCUCCGGCCGACAAAUCUAUGUUUGCUGUUGUGCUACUGAUUAUUGCAACUGCGGUUAA